AUGCCGGCUUCGACUCUGUUCUCCAGCCUGAUUCUGGUUUCUGGGCUCCUAUCACCCUCACUUGCCGCUCUUUACACCAAUCCUUCGCAAUUGCCACGUCUUACGUAUGACUACAUAAUUGUUGGAGCUGGGACCGCCGGAAAUGUUCUCGCCAAUCGGCUGACGGAAAAUCCCAAGACUCAAGUUUUGGUCUUGGAGGCCGGCGUAAGUGAUCAAGGCGUGCUCGCAGCCAUCGUACCAUUCUUAGGACCUACGCUCACGCCUGGUACUCAAUACGAUUGGAAUUACACGGUCACCCCACAAACCGGUUUGAAUGGACGCACUUUCCCUUUCCCUCGUGGAAGGAUGUUAGGCGGGUGUAGCUCCGUUAAUUACAUGGUCCAUCAAUACGGAUCAUCUGCGGAUUUCGACAAGAUCGCCCAUUUGACGGGCGAACCUGGUUGGGCUUGGAAUAAUAUCAAGCAGAAUAUCUACAAGCACGAGAAAGUCGUUCCGCCUGCCGAUGGGCACAACACCGCUGGCCAAUACAUUCCCGCAAACCACGGUACCAACGGCAUCUUGCCCGUCAGUCUCCCAGGGGCCUCGCAAGCCAUUGACGCACGCGUCAUUGCUACCACUCAAGAACUGGCCAGCGAGUUUCCAUACUCCAAAGAUCAGGGAGGCGGCGACGUGCUGGGAAUCGGGUGGGUGCAGUCGUCGAUUGGCGGUGGGAAACGGAGCAGCUCGUCUUCGACGUAUCUCGCUGAUGCGAUCAAGAGGCCGAACCUGAGCGUCCUGAUCAAUGCGCAGGUGACGAAGCUGGCUAAAACUGGGACAGUUGACGGGAAGCCCUCUUUUCGUGCUGUCCACUUUUCAUGCGACCAAAACACGAACCCAACCGUCGUUCAUGCCAAAAAGGAGACCAUACUCGCCGCCGGAGCCUUUGGCACCCCCCAGAUUCUACAACUCUCUGGGAUUGGUGACAAAGCUGAUCUAACCGCCCUAAAUAUUAAAACGAUUGUUAACAAUCCAUCUGUCGGGAAGAACCUUUCCGACCACGUUCUCAUGCCCAACAUUUUCAAUGUAGCUGGGACGGCCAGUUUGGACGGGCUCAUGAGGGAUACUACCCUGUUCUCUGUUGCUCUUAACCUGUGGAACACAACCAAGACGGGUACCCUCGCCAAUGGCAUUGUCAGCAACUUGGGAUUCUUGAGACUUCCCAAGAACGCGUCGAUCUUCGCUACUGUCCCUGAUCCCUCUUCGGGGCCUACGGCGUCUCACUGGGAAUUGAUAGUAGCAAACUUCUUCCUAUACCCUGGGGUAGCAACACCAUCCACAGGCAGCUUCAUGACCCUAAUCUCAGCGUUGAUCUCUCCAACCUCUCGCGGAUCGGUCACCCUCGCCUCCUCAAACCCCUUCACCAAGCCUCUGAUCAACCCCAACUUCCUAACCACCGCCUUUGACAUAUACGCCAUCCGUGAAGCCGUCAAAGCCAGUAAACGAUUCGCAAGUGCAUAUGCAUGGGCCGGGUACGUCCUCAGCCCGUACGGUGGUCUUUCCGCAACGAGUGAUGCGGAUAUCGACGCGUUCGUGAGGGAGACGGCGUCGACGAUGUUCCAUCCUGUUGGGACGGCGAGUAUGACUGCUAAGGAUGCCAAGUGGGGCGUGGUUGAUCCUGAUUUGAGGGUGAAGGGUGUGGAGGGUGUGAGGGUUGUUGAUGCUUCUGUUUUCCCUUUUGUUCCUAAUGCUCAUACGCAAGGACCGACUUAUCUGUUGGCGGAGAAGGCUGCAGAGCUCAUAAUUAGUUCUUGUCAAUGA